CUUGACGAUCACCGAUGUUAUUAGAACGGGUAUAUAUCCUAUCAUUCUUAAAUGUUCACUUUUUAAUAAUUAUGAUGUCAUGAAUGAAACGAUUCAAAGCCCUUUCUAGUGUGCGAGGUUAAAAGCUUAUCAGAUAAUUACUAUUGGUGACAUAUAGGCCUAUUCUGUAACACUUUACAAAAACGCUAUGUGAAGUGCCACAUUUGAUCAUUCUGACAGUUGUGUGUGUGCUUUCGUAGUAUAGGCUGACAAUAUUAUUUUCGUGGCAUCAAGUGUGGGCCCACGGCUCACCUACAAAUCAAGGUCAUCCGCUUUCUUGUGCAAUAGCACGGUAAGCACAGCCUGUUUUCGGUUAUACAUUCUCUAGCAGCUCUUCUCCAAAGAGGAUUCAAGAACGUUGUGGUGAAAUCAAAUACUGAACAAAAAUGGUUCUGCCACGUUUGGAGCAAAGUAUAUGUGGCUUUUCACUGGAAACCGGCUCCAAAAUAAUUGGAUACUUCUCACUUAUAAAUCGUGCCUUGUUCAUGACAUCAACUAUUGUGAAAGAAGAAGGGAAUAAUGGCGGCGGAAAAGCCGAUGCCUCAACUGUGUUGAUGAUGGUAGUGGCUACUAUCAUAGUGUUCGCUUUGUUUUCAAUUUUCGACAUACUUAUGCUUGUUGGAGUCUAUAAAAGGCGACCCUCAUUCAUGUUUCCAUGGAUCAUUGUUCAAGUGAUUUACAUCAUCCUCAUCUUGAUUGGAGCAAUCAGUGCAGGUUCUAUAACGGCAAUAAUUGGAAGCUUGAUAUCUGCUUGUAUCACCAUCUACUUCCUACUAGUUGUCAACAGCCAUUACCAUGAAUUGAGAUCAGGGAUAACCGGAAUGUAGAAAACGUAUCAUGUGCAUAUUAAUUAAGCUUUGAUACAAGUGAUACAACAAAAACUACCUUUCAACUUUUCAUAAUUUGUAUCUAAUAACGAUUCCAUUAUAUUUCAUGAAACGUCCCAUGAUAAGUUCAGCUAAGAACAUGACUCGUUCUAUUAAACUGCUAUUUUAAAUAAAUUGAAAAACUUCAAUAUCUCUUCUCUUAAUAAAUACAAAUAUAAUCUCUUCUCUUCGCCAUAUAUAUAUAUAAGUACUAUAUAAUAAUGGUGAAACCUAAUGGAAAGUAAACAUAUAAGAGAAGAGAUUGAAGUGUUUCAAGAUAUUUAAACAUUAAAAUAGCAAUAUACUUGAUAGAUUAUUUGGUAAGUCUAUUGUAAAGGCAUGUCUGAAAUGGAUGUAACAUACACCGUGUUUUAUAUUCAUCUCUGACAUGCUUUUAUAAUAGUCUCCCCAAAUAGGUAUAGAGGGAUCCAGUUUCAACUGCCAGUUUUCCCUAUAAAUAAAAUCAAUCUUUUCUAUUCAUGUAAUACUGACCAUUUAAAGUAAAUCUCAUUAUAGAUCUAUUAUAAUGCUGAAUUGCAUCAAGCUAAAUCACUUUUUAAUCAGGGAUCAGAGCAAUGUUACAUAUUACAUGUAUGAUCAGCAGAUUAAUAAUAGGUCACUGUUUUUCAACCGAGCAAAAUUUUACCUCAAUAACCUGUACUAUACCAAUCUGGAUGAAAUAGUGAAAUUUAUUUAAUAGGUUAUUAAUUGAAUAUAAUACUCAAUACAUUAUUUUUAUUGAAUAUCAACAAUUUACAUCGCUAUUCUGAUUUAUAUUCACUUGGAGACCAAUUAUUUAAAUAUAUCUGAUCAUGCUUACGUAGUCAUACAUCAUUGACCCCGAUUAAAAUGUGUCACAAAUGAAGUAAUCAAAGCUUAGCUGCAAUGAAGCGCUAUAGUGUGAUACAUUUUUCUCAUUUUAGUACAGCACCAAAAAAUAUUGUUUUCUCUCAGAAAACGUCCGAUGCCAAUCAGUGUUUUUUUAAUAGGUAAAUGAUUGAUUACUGGGUUUUUAAUUAAGGUUUCUUGACUGCUGGAAAAUUGUACUUGUAAGGUACCAUAUCACUGUAUAUGACUGUAUAAUAUUAUUGAAUUCUGCAUUCACUUCCUAAGAUGAUUACGUAUAUUGUGAAUACUAAUAACCUAGCGGUAAUAACCAAGCAGCUACAGUAUAAUUCUAGAAUUUUAUUGAGUGUUAUAAGUUUAAGAAUUUUUAGGAUAAUUAAUCUAAUCGUACAAGUGAAUUUUGCAAUACCAAUACUUAUAUUUUAUAAUUGGGGAAAUAGAAACGAGUUGAGUCAAACAGCUUUAUAUACAAACAUUUUAAGACUGAGUAAUUUUUGAAAUUAUUGUCAAUCUUCUAUUUCUUGAGAAUCAAAUGUUUUGUUAAUUUGAAUACAAGAACAAUAUAACAUUACUAAUUAAUUUG